UGUUAUACACCUCUACAGUGCUACUUACUGCAAUGAUCAUUUGUGACUAAUAUACAAUCCUGGCCUACAAAUCACAUUCUCUGCAUUCUUCCCGGCUUCCCGCAAAUCCGAGAAAAGGUUGCCUUGCACAACAUACGUAGCCAAGAACGAUAACGUUUUGGCUUCUUGUAUUGUUAUGAUUAAAGGGCACUUUUGGUAUUUUACGUUUUGUCAGUUUCUCUUGAGUUUCUUCCAUUCAUACUCUUCCCCAACCCAUUUCACACUGAGGUGAACAUGAAGAAGGAGAAGUUUGUCAGGUUCUGCUCUAAUGAAAAAAAGCAAAAAUGGGGAGGAGAAGUUGAACCUUCAAGCUUAGAGAAAUUGUCUUCUGAGUAUAAGUUUUCAUCAUCAUUGCUGAACUCUAGUAGAAACCAUAAUAAAAACAAUGAAACCCAUAAGUUUGGGAGGUCAAAGGUGUACCCAGAGAACCAAGAACCGUUGAGAAAGUGGGUUCUUGAUCCAGGCAGUGACAUUGUGCUGAACUGGAACAGGGGUUUCAUAAUAUCUUGCUUGUUGGCCUUGUUCAUUGACCCCUUAUAUUUUUAUUUGCCUAUUAUCGGUGGAACUAAAGGUCUGAGCUGUGUGAGGACUGACUUGAAACUUAGAAUCGUGGUCACCAUUUUCCGUACCAUUGCUGAUUUUUUCUAUCUGCUGCAUGUGGUCAUUAAGUUUAGAACUGCUUAUGUUGCUCCCGAUACUCGGGUGUUUGGUAAAGGUGAGCUUGUCAUGGAUCCUAAGCUCAUUGCCCGGAGAUAUUUAAGAUCUGGUUUCUUCUUUGAUCUUAUUGCAACCUUACCUCUCCCGCAGAUUGUCAUCUGGUUCAUUAUACCAGCAACAAGAAGUCAACAUGCAAAUCAUAAUAACAAUGCCCUUGCACUGAUUGUCCUAAUCCAGUAUAUUCCCAGGCUAUAUCUUAUUUUCCCGCUAAGUUCGCAGAUCGUCAAAGCCACAGGAGUUGUCACGAAAACUGCUUGGGCCGGGGCUGCAUAUAAUCUCCUUCUCUACAUGCUGGCUAGCCAUGUGUUAGGGGCAUCAUGGUAUUUGUUGUCAGUUGAUCGGUAUACAUCUUGCUGGAGAUCGACUUGCAGACAUGAAAGGAAUGUUACAAGAUGUAUGUCCAGGUACUUGGACUGUGACACUAUUAACCAUGAUUCACGCAAGAUAUGGGCAAAUAUCACUAGUGUGUUCAAAAAAUGUGAUCCGAGUGGAAAUGCUACCACUUUCAAGUAUGGGAUAUUUGAAUAUGCCGUCACUAAAAACGUUGUCUCCUCAAAUUUUCUUCAUAAAUACUUCUACUGCCUGUGGUGGGGGUUACAGAACCUCAGCUCUUACGGGCAGAAUUUGUCCACAAGCACCUUUAUUGGAGAGACAACCUUUGCCAUACUCAUUGCCAUUUUUGGUCUUGUUUUGUUCGCACAUCUUAUCGGGAAUAUGCAGACAUACCUGCAAUCUAUGACGGUGAGGCUGGAGGAGUGGAGACUUAAGAGAAGAGACACAGAAGAGUGGAUGCAACAUCGCCAGCUCCCAGACGACUUGAGAAAACGUGUUUGGCGUUUUGUUCAGUAUAAAUGGGCUGCAACUCGGGGAGUGGAUGAAGAAACCAUUUUGCACGGCCUCCCUGCCGAUCUUAGACGUGACAUUCAACGACAUCUAUGCCUCGACCUUGUUCGACGUGUACCGUUCUUCUCUCAGAUGGACGACCAACUACUGGAUGCAAUAUGUGAACGUGUAGUCUCAUGCUUGAGCACAGAGGGGACUUACAUCGUGCGGGAAGGUGACCCAGUCACGGAGAUGCUUUUCAUCAUAAGAGGGAGGCUGGAGAGCUCCACCACCAAUGGAGGCCGGACCGGUUUUUUCAAUUCCAUCACGUUAAGGCCUGGAGACUUCUGUGGGGAAGAGCUCCUUGCCUGGGCUCUGCUCCCAAAAUCCACUCUCAACUUGCCCUCCUCCACCAGGACAGUGAGAGCUCUUGUCGAAGUGGAAGCCUUUGCAUUGAGGGCCGAAGAUCUAAAAUUUGUUGCCAAUCAGUUCAGACGGCUACACAGCAAGAAGCUGCAGCACACCUUCAGGUUCUACUCUCACCAUUGGAGAACAUGGGCUGCCUGCUUCAUACAGGCAGCCUGGAGGCGGCACAAGCGCCGGAUGACCGCGAAGGAUCUCGCCACAAUGGAAUCUUUUGCUUUGAGUGAGGCAAGGACGGAAGAUGAAGAAUAUGAGGAGGAGAGCAGUCAAAGUCAAACGACCAGUUCUUCCCUCAACUCAUCAGACCACCAGCAGUCCACACUGGGAAAGUCAAACCUCGGGGUGAUGAUAUUGGCUUCCAGGUUUGCUGCUAACACAAGGAGAGGAGCUCAGAAGGUCAAAGAUGUCCGUCUGCCUAAACUGCAGAAACCUGAAGAGCCCGACUUUUCAGAAGAGGCUGAUGAUUAGUGUUCUGUAAAUAGGAGGGUGGGAAAUUUACAGCACCUUGUGAUUUUGGUUAUAUUUAUACUGCUGCUACAAUGUUGAAGUGGACUUGUAUGUGCUAUAAAAGUAUAUAACAGCAACUCUGUUAAUUUAGUUAUCUGCACUGCGUUCAAACAAGUUCUGAUGUUUCUGUUAUGCAUUGUUGGUGGGUAAACUUCCAAGAGCAUUGACUGUGAUCGAUUAUCAGGUAAUACAACUCAAC